AUGUCGGCUCCGUGCAAUUUUAGCGACACGAUCACCGGCGAGGUAGUUGUGCCGUCAACGUGGCGCAAAGUUACCGAAUGUAUUGACGCAACCUGCCAGACAGCUCCGCUUAGCGUGUGUGAGGCGGAGGUGCAGACGACCAUCAGUGCGCUACAAGUGAUCAAUCGGUUCGACAAACAAGUGGGUCAUGAGCAGAAAAAGAUUCAGACCACGUUAGAUGGCCUGCAGUACGUCUACGCGGGGGUGGAGGUUGACGAGGGGAGGCUGGCCACCUUCUUGGAAGACUCCAAAAGUGAUGUGCUCUCAAUGUUGUACCGCAACGCAAAGAGUGGCGCAUUCAACAACUAUGAGCCCAACUGCUCGACCAAAAGCACCGACAUUGCCUCAGUGGCUACGCUUUCCUCACCGUAUGCUGUAGAGGGGGAGCUGCAUGUGCUCGCGCUUAGCUGGAAUUCGAGUGGAAUUCUGCUUGCGGUGGCAUACGGCCGGGUGGACACAGCGGGCUGGUGCCACAGUAGUGGCGUUGUCAGCAUCUGGAAUUUGGCGCGUCCGGACAUAGAUGUGAAUGCGCCGCGUCACACACUAGAGAUGGAUUCAUUUGUCACUUGUGUCGCGUUUCAUCCAACGCAGGCAUCUGUGCUUGCAGUGGGGAUGUACAGCGGCGAGGUGGUUAUGUACUCCGACGUGACAAGUGCACUCCCGACCAAGAUGUCGACAGCUGGGUCGCCACUUUCGCACAAGGAGCCGGUCUCCUCGUUGCAGUGGAUGCAAAGCCUACAGGAAAUGCGGGAAUCACACCGAUUUAUUCUCUGUUCUUCCGCGCAAGACGGAUGUAUUUACUUCUGGACCCCGACAAAUAAAUUGACGCAACCACUUGCCGCGUUUUCCGUGGAAAGUAAAAACGGCGUUACUGUCGGUGUACAGUCCCUCAGAUUUGCACGCCCUGCCGGGGGCGGUGGGGCGAGUGUUCCGUCGGGCGACGGUUUGCUCAUCAUUGGCCUCGAGAACGGAGACGUCGGCCGCGCUCGUCCAGGCGUUGUGAGUGCAUUGUCCCUACGCAGCACCGACGCACUGGUGACGUUGGAGGUGGAUUGGCUGAACGGCCACAGGGGACCGGUGCAGAGCGUAGAUACCUCACCGUUCUUCCACAAUUUGUGCCUCACUUGCUCUUCCGACGGCAGUGUUCAUUUGUAUAACACCCUGGAGCGCUCUCCACUGGCGACCCUUGAGCCCUCGCCAGAAACGAAACAUUUCCUCUACGCGGCGCAGUUCAGCCCCUUCCGUCCAAGCAUUCUUGCGGUGGUGUCGCGGAGUUCAUUUCUGCACUUUUAUGAUCUUCAAAUGUCGCAGUUGAAGCCGAUAGCCUCAAUAGAGGCCGGCGUUGAUGGCGCGCCGGUGUUGUGUUUGGCAUUCAAUCACACUUCCCCUGAGUGGCUGGUCACGGGAGAUACGCGGGGCUGCGUGCGACUCUGGCGACUGCCAUCCACGCUUAUCCAGACGACUGACUUGGAGCGGGCAGCUGUUCGCGCCACCCACGCCCACAGCAGUGACGAGAGUGCGAUGCGCUCCCUAUUGGGAUUUUCGCUCUGA